CCUCACGUCCCGCGGUGAUGUCCUCGCGUCAGCCGCCAGUGCGCAGGCGCAGCUCCGGCGGCGCGCCAGAUAAAUGCCUGAUAGCAUUGAACCGCAAUAACUUCAAUAUGAGGCUAAUGUUGAAGCCUCUUGGAAACAGGCACUCAGAACUGCCCGACCUGCUGGCGCCUGGAAGCCCACGGCUCAUCUCCGCCAACUCGCUCAGCGACCUCGAGCGAGGCAAGCCGCCAGGGUUUCCUCAGGACGGGCUGUACCAACAGUUGAUCAAGUCUUUCGCUAAGCACGCGACCAAACUGCAAGAGAAUCUCAUAGAUCAACAAACUAAUAGCGGCGGAAUCCUUAGAGAUUCUCGACAUGAGCUCAUCGCUAACGAAGAUACAAAAGGAGGCGACGACAAUGAGGAAGAAACCUCCUUGCCGAAAAGCAAAAUCUGGUGGUGUGAAAGCAUCAACCCUGAAGGCCGCGGCUACAUGGCGUGGCUGAUGGCGGUGUCGGCCGCCUUCGUGUACAACUGCUGGGUGAUCCCGCUGCGCAGCACGUUCUGCCGCCACUCGGGCGGCGGCGCGUGGCUGGCCGCCGACUGCCUCGCCGACGCCGUCUACCUGCUGGACGCGGCGCUCGUGCAGCCGCGCCUCAUGUACAUGCGGGACGGCUUCUGGGUGGGCGACCCGGAGCUCACGGCGCGCCGGUGCGUCGCGCGCCUCCAGUUCAAGAUGGACGUUUUGUCUCUACUGCCAACCGACCUGCUGUACCUGAAGUACGGAGCAGACAUGGUGGUGUUUAGGCUACCUAGGAUGCUAAAGGUCCACGCCUUCUGGGAGAUGUUCGACCGCAUGGCGGCGGCGCUGCGCCAGAGCAGCGUGGUGCGCCUGUCGCGCAGCGUCAGCUACGUCAUAUACGUCAUCCACCUGAACGCGUGCGGCUACUACCUGUUCUCCGUCUGGCGCGAGGACGGCACCAGCAACUGGGUCUUCUCCGGCAAGGGCACGCCGUCAGUCGCCUCCGCAGCCACUGUUCUUCAUUGUGUGGUCGUGUACUUGCAGUGCUUCUACUUCGCGAUCAAGACGACCACGGCCAUGGGCAGGAACCCGAAGCCCGACACCUUGCUGGAGACCAUCUUCAUGAACAUCAGCUGGCUGGUGGGCGUGUUCAUGUUCGCCAUUCUCAUCGGGCAGGUGCGCGAGCAGGUGUUGGAGAGCGCGCGGCUGCGCACCGAGUACCGCAAGGUGGUGGACGGAACCCUGGAGUACAUGCGGCGCCUGAGCGUGGCCAGCAAGCUGCAGGACCGCGUCAAGCUGUGGCUCAACUUCACCAUGGAGCAGCAGCACUCCCUGGAUGAGAGCGCGAUCCUGAACAUGAUCUCCAGCAAGCUGCAGAUGGACAUCGCGAUAAACGUGCACAUAAACACGCUGACCAAGAUGCAGAUCUUCAAGGACUGCGACGCCGCGCUGCUGAGAGACCUGGUGCCUCAGCUGAAGAGGGUGCUCUUCCUGCCGGGAGACUACGUCUGCAGGAAGGGAGAGGUGGGCAAGGAAAUGUACAUCGUGAAGACGGGCGUGCUGCAGGUGAUGGAGGGCGAGGAGGUGAUCGCCACGCUCAGCGAGGGCUCCGUGUUCGGCGAGAUCAGCCUGCUGGCGCUAGGAUGCGGCAAUCGCCGCACGGCGGAUGUCAGGUCUCUUGGUUUUUCCAAUUUGUUCAUACUCAACAAGCAUGACUUCAACGAAACAAUUGCCAACUACCCAGAUGCCCAAGAACUGCUUCAGAAAAGAGCUGAAGCUCUUGUUCGCGAAAAUGCAGAAAGGGAACGAAACCACAAAUCAGCGUCUACAGAACCACUGAAAGCUGAGUCCUUGGUGAGGCGCAAGGAGCGAGCAGAGCUGAAUCACAGGCCGAGCUUCCAGUGUCCCGUCACCGUCCACAGGGCCAUGAGCUGACUCCUAAGCCGAGCUUCCAGUGUCCCGUCACGGUCCACAGAGCUGUGAGCUGACUCACAGGCCGAGCUUCCAGUGUCCCGUCACGGUCCACAGGGCUGUGAGCUGACUCACAGGCCGAGCUUCCAGUGUCCCAGUACGGUCCACAGGGCCAUGAGCUGAAUCGCAGGCCGAGCUUCCAGUGUCCCGUCACGGUCCACAGGGCCAUGAGCUGACUCGCAGGCCGAGCUUCCAGUGUCCCGUCACGGUCCACAGGGCCAUGAGCUGACUCGCAGGCCGAGCUUCCAGUGUCCCGUCACGGUCCACGGGGCAAUAAGCAGUAUUUUAAAAAAAUUUCUUGUCGAAAAUUAGGUCGAAUCCGGAGUUUAAUAUUUUUUCAGGUCUUUUCUUGACGUGACAACGUCUAACAAAUCGAUGAAUGCCGGCUGCACGCACGAAAAAGUGUCCCGUUACGCACAAUGUUCCGUUAUGCUCAUUUCUCCGUUACGCUGUGUCCCGUUACGCUCAUUGUUACGGUACGCUGUGUUCCGUUACGUUGUUGGCGAGUGCAGUAAUAAUAGGUUAUGUUACAAUUGACUAAAAAAUUAUGGUGAUUCAUAUAAUUGAUGAUAGAUAUUUGAUUACAGUUUAUUUAUAUGAAAACGUGUUCAUAAUUAUAUUUAAACUUUAUAGCUAAACGCCAGUUUUUAAAAUUAAUUACAAGUCAUCUACACGUGAACUGUUUCGUCGACUGUUUAUAAAGUGAAGUGAAAAGUUGAUGUGGUUUUCAUUGCUUAUUACAACAACAAUUUCGGCAAUAGAUAAAGGUUAAUUAUUGUUGCAUUUUAAAAAUCUGAUUACUAGUAUAAUUUCAAGUAUUUAUUCUUUUAUUAUUAAAAUAAAAAUGAUUCAAUUUUAUUCAUAAAAGUAUGCAAUCAUUUCAUAAAUGUUUUGUUAUGACGUUGUCAUGUUAAACUGUCGUCCAAUUUUUUUAUCGGACCGUUACAUUGUAAAGUUGAGAAUUGCAGUUUGCUAAUAAAACGAUUCAAUACUUGGCGUAGCUGCUUCAGCAGCAUAUUCUAGCGACGGGUGCGAAAACUACGUGUUUUUCGCGUCCAGAAAUGUAGUUGAAAACGCAAUUGCGUAAAUCUAUCACGCUCGGUAUUAUUUUUAAUAAUUCUACGUUAAAUUUCGUGACCAAGUUUCGUAUUAUAAGUGUAUUUGCAACAUGAGAACACAUGUAUUUUCUCGUUACCAAGGUUAGAUGUACAUACCUGUAUCUGGCGAGUACGGCUGACUCACUCUCAUUUUAUUUUUGCUAUCCAGAUUAGAAAUGGGGGUAAAGUAUUGCCCACACGCACUCCCGGGCUCUUUACCUCCAUUGAUUUGUUCCACUGAAGCUGCUGGACGUGAACUUUCAGGGUUAGACAAGUCUGGCUUCAUGAAAAACUUACGUGUUAGAAUAAGUAUGUAUUAUGAGUGUCAACGAAAGGUAUACUCGCUUCAAAACCUUUCUCGGUAUACAAAUAUAAUUGUGUAGGUUUAUGAUGGAAUUAACGAAUAAUAUUAUGUCUGUGUUGUAAUUCAAUUUUUUUAAAGUUUUUAAAUUUAUUCUUUUAUAUUUGAGACGGAUACAUUACAGUGCCAAAACAUCUCAAAUAAAUUUUUAUCUUCCCUACCUUCACUCUAUCGUGCGUUAUAGGCUGGUGUCACAGGUGAGUUUCUGUCACUGCGCACAAUGCAGGUCUUUCAAGAAUGCACCAAGUAAAGUUAUCAAAAUGUAACAUGUAAACACUUAUGUGACAUAAUGUACCACAAUUUUGUUGAUAGGUGUACUAAGUAUAAAUAUAAUAUAAUGUUUUGCUUUGUUUCAAUUUAGUAAUGUAAUAUUUCUACUAUCUUUUGUUAUGUAAAUUAGUUUUUUUCUAAUAUAAUAUCUGUGAUACUUGACCAAAAUAUGUUAUUUACAAUUAAAUACUGUAGUAGUGUAAUUGUUAUAACAUAGACAAUAGAAAUAUAAUCAUAUUUGAAUAGUGCUA